AAGAAAUUGAACUCUAGGGUAUAUUGAUUUCCUCCUCUUAUUUAAAUGUCAAUUUUUGCUGAAAGAGUGCAUUUCAGGGCUCCACUCUUGGUCAUCCUCCGAAAAAUUCGAUAGGCUCAAUUCCCAAAACGAAGAACUUGGCCGUCAUUUAAGAUAAAUUGUAGUACUCAGUUUGCUACAACAACAUGGUCAAAGUUUACAAUCUUCAGAGCAAAUAUAUAUCAGGAUGUAUUUGGUUAAUCAGGAGAUAUUCCAGUGAGCCAAAAACAGAGAUUGCAGAUGCUGCAAAAUGUAUUAGUAAAGUACUGCUAUCUUCUCCACCCAUAGUCCUUGACACUGCCCUUGAUCAAAGUGGCAUUAGGGUAUCACCCAAAAUGGUUGAAGAUAUCCUCAAUAAAUUUGCGAAUGCUGUUAUGUUGGCAUAUCGUUUCUUUAAAUGGGCUGAAAAGCAACAGAGCUAUGAGCACAGUAUUCGGGCUUACCACACUAUGAUUGAAUCUCUGGCCAAGACAAGGCAGUACCAGAUCAUGUGGGAUCUUGUGAAUGCUAUGAGGAACAAGAGAAUGCUAAAUGUUGAGACAUUUUGCAUUAUUAUGAGAAAGUAUGCUAGGGCUCAAAAGGUGGAGGAAGCACUUUAUACAUUUAAUAUGAUGGGAAAAUAUGAUGUGCCCCCAAAUUUAGCAGCAUUCAAUGGCCUAUUAAGUGCUUUAUGCAAGUCUAAGAAUGUGAGGAAGGCUCAGGAGAUAUUUGAAAGCAUGAAGGAUCGUUUCAUUCCUGACUCGAAAACUUAUAGUAUACUUAUUGAGGGAUGGGGAAAGGCUCCAAAUCUGCCCAAGGCAAGAGAAAUAUUCAGAGAAAUGGUUGACAUUGGUUGCAAUCCUGAUAUAGUGACCUACGGUAUAAUGGUUGACAUUCUUUGCAAGGCAGGGAGGGUUGAUGAAGCUCUCGGGAUUGUCAAGGGAAUGGAUUCUAGGAUUUGUCAGCCAACGUCUUUCAUUUAUAGUGUUCUGGUCCAUACAUAUGGGGUAGAGAACAGGAUUGAGGAUGCUGUUGAUACAUUCAUUGAAAUGGAAAGGAAUGGAAUUCAGGCUGAUGUUGCAGUGUAUAAUGCCUUGAUUGGUGCUUUCUGUAAAGCAAACAAAUUCAAAAAUGUUGACAGGGUUUUGAAUGAGAUGGAAUGCAAGGGUGUGCCAUGUAAUUCAAGGACAUGCAAUAUAAUUCUGAAUGGCCUGAUAGGUCGUGGAGAAACUGAUGAGGCUUAUAAGGUAUUCCGGAGGAUGAUAAAGGUGUGUGAGCCAGAUUCAGAUACAUACACAAUGAUGAUAAAAAUGUUUUGUGAGAGGGAUGAAUUAAAGAGAGCUUUUAAAGUGUGGAAAUUCAUGAAGUUGAAGCAGUUCAUCCCUAGCAUGCAUACCUUUUCGGUACUUAUAAAUGGAUUAUGUGACAGAAGAAAUGUCACUGAAGCUUGUGUCUUAUUUGAAGAUAUGAUAGAAAAAGGAAUCCGGCCUUCUAGUGCAACUUUUGGGAGGUUAAGGCAAUUACUUUUGAAGGAAGGUAGAGAUGAUGUUCUUGAAUUUCUUCAGGAGAAAAUGAAUCUCCUGGCAAAGGAGCCUUUAUGUGAUUGAGGAACCAUUUCUGGUUGAGCUAGAAGCUGCUGGCGAUCGGUGAUCCAGAAUAGGAGCUCUGUAAUCAAGAUGCCUGGAUUUUAUUAAGAGCAAAGGCCAAUCUUUUCAGGUCUCUUUUCUUCCCUUCACUCUUGUAGUUACAGUUUACUGGUUAACUGUAAUUGGCAGUGCUUUUUACGUGGAUAAGAGUAAUAUCAUCAAAUGCAGUGUAGUUUUCAACUCCAUUGUCUUUUGCCAAAACUCUACAGAUAAUCCAAAAGGGAAAUAAACAAAGAAUUAAUUGUUUUAGAUAUCUGAUUUAUUUUAGUCCUAGAUUGUUGAAUGAUAAAGCCUGUUGUAAGAUACGGAGGAACUGACUUCCAGUUUGAAAUUUACGGUUGCAUUUGAGGCAAUUUUAUUUAAUUUAGAUAGAAGUAAAUAUUUAUGUGGAACGUCUGGGAGACUUUGUUUUUCCAACAGUGACAUGUUUUUGCAGGUCCAACCAAAGAAAAGUGGAGGUUAAACCAAAGAGAACGAAUGUGAAAAUCCAGCAGCAGAUGCCCAGUCAAUUAUAUUUUCAGGUACAGCUUGACAGCCCAGUCGUUCCUUGACCAUGGUUACACACAGAAGGAAGAGGUGCAUUUGGCCUGUAAGAUUAAAUUUACAGUUAUAUAUGUGGACAUGUUAACAUGUUUACCGUAGAUUUGAAAGUAAUUUGGAAGAGGGAAAUUAUUUUGCUUGUCUGACGAGGGAUUUUCCUCCAAACAUUAGCAAUGUAUUGAAAAUUUCAAACCGAAAUGAUUUAAUAAAAAUUCCAUUUCCAGGACA